CUUUAUAAAUUCUAACUUUUCUCUUCAUCAUGCAUUUGCCUUCAUUUUGCCUUGCAUUUCAUCAAUAUUUCUCUCCAAAGUACUAAGCCAUGGGAUCAGACGGCAUUUCGAGCAGCAUCCUCCAAAGCGAAGCUCUCUCCAAGUAUAUCUUAGAAACAAGUGUUUAUCCAAGGGAGCAUGAGCAACUUAAAGAAAUUAGAGAGGCCACAGCUGAGAAGUAUGGUUUCAUGAGCAUAAUGAGCUUGGCGCCAGAUGAAGCACAGUUCCUAUCAAUGCUUUUAAAGGUUAUGAAUGCCAAGAAGACAUUAGAGAUCGGAGUGUUUACUGGCUAUUCUCUUCUCACCACUGCUCUUGCACUGCCAGAAGACGCCAAGGUAACAGCAAUUGAUGUUGAUAAAAAAGCCUUUGAGCUAGGAUUGCCAUUUAUCCGCAAGGCUGGCGUGGAGCACAAGAUCAACUUUAUGGAGUCUGAUGCCAUGUUGGUAAUAAAGGAAAUGUUGAGCAAUGGUGAAGAUGGUUUCGAUUUUGUAUUAGUGGAUGCUGACAAAGAAAACUUCAUCAAGUAUCAUGAAAUACUGAUACAAUUGGUGAAGGUAGGAGGAAUUAUUGCAUACGACAACACACUGUGGUUUGGCUCAGUUGCACAUGCAGAGGGUGAUGAGAUGUCAGAAGUUAUGAGGAAGUACAGGGACUCCAUGUUAAAGUUAAACAGCUACUUGGUUUCUGAUUCUCGCAUUGAACUAUCCCAUCUUUCCAUUGGCGAUGGCCUUGCUUUAUGCAGGCGUUUGUAUUAAUCUUCACUAGUUUGAGUGCAAGAUGAUGAGUGAGGAGAGAGAGAAAUGGAUGGAUUAUUAGCUUAAUUAGAAUUCCUGCAUGGAAGCUUGGACGUGGAGCUUAAGCAAGUAGCAGUAUUAUAAAAUAAAUAUUUUUCUUUAGGCAAUAAGUAGUUAAUGGUCAUUUUGUAUGAAUUCCACUCCUGAGCUUUUUGUUUUUUUAUUUGGUGGUUUAAGAGRUUAAAUGAAGUUUGGUACUUUGGUGUUUGUAAUGAAAAGUGCACUUAUGGAUGGUAUCUACAUCAAUAUUGUAAAA